UCUAUCUAUCGGGAAGGACUUUUAUUUUGUAUGUCGAUGUCAGUCACUCCUCUUCCGGUCACUCUUCACUUACGUGGCUGUUCUUACUGUUCUUCCGGUCGGACAGAUUCUGACUUUACCUGUCACACGAUGGAGUUGGAAGCCAUGACGAGAUACACCAGCCCGGUGAACCCGGCUGUGUUCCCCCACCUCACCGUAGUGCUGCUGGCCAUCGGCAUGUUCUUCACAGCCUGGUUCUUCGUAUAUGAAGUGACGUCCACGAAGUACACGAGAGACGUGUACAAAGAGCUGCUGAUUUCUCUGGUGGCGUCGCUCUUCAUGGGCUUCGGCGUUCUGUUCCUCUUACUGUGGGUCGGCAUUUAUGUCUGAAAGUUGUGGAAAUGACAUAUACAGGAAAACAUUCCAGGUUGAUCAGAACGUUUUUUUCUGGGACUUCAAGCUGAAUUUUGGAUGGAGUUUGCACUGGCAUGAUGGACGGGAUUGUGGAUUAAUAUUUCGCAAAUAAAGUUUUUUGUUAGAAAAUCAAAAA